AUGUCAUUCAUGGUAGAGGAGGCGUCUAUAUGGAACUGGCCAAACCUGGCCAUGGUUCUGCUUUCAAAUAUCACAAUUCUGGUUGUUUUCAUGAUGGAAAAGAUUCUUGAAAAAGGCUACUUGAGCAACUAUUCUGCUACUGUGUUUUAUUCUAUCCUUAUCCCAGCGCAUUUGGCUAUUCCUGCUGCAUUCACUCUGGUCUUGAAGGGCAACCCAGUAUGCUCUAUCUGCGCUCUAUCCGUUUUUGUAGUCGAGUCGUUGAAACUAGUGUCCUAUGUUCAUGUGAACUACUGGUGCAGAUGUGCGCGUCUAGAGAAGGCUGCCACUAAAAAGGAUGAUGUCACGAGACCCGAGAUUUCACAUCCGGAAAUGGCUUCGCUUUAUCCGGCUUCUUUGAAUCUGUGUAAUCUCUAUUACUUUAUGCUGGCUCCAACACUCUGUUACGAGCUAAAAUUUCCGCGCUCUGUUCGGCGGCGUAAGAGUUUCCUUAUCAAAAGGUUUAUUGAGUUGGUUUUCCUUACUUUCCUGUUAGCAGCUCUGGUACAGCAGUGGAUUGUUCCAACUGUGCACAACAGUAUGCGUCCGCUCAACGAAAUGGAACUCGGAAGAUGCUUGGAAAGGCUUCUAAAGUUGGCCAUUCCUAAUAUAGUGAUUUGGUUGAUUGGUUUUUAUACCCUGUUCCACUCUUUUCUGAACUUCAUUGCGGAGGUUCUAAAAUUUGCUGACAGGGAAUUUUACCGUGAUUUCUGGAACUCGGAGACUACUGAGUACUUUUGGCGAACAUGGAAUAUACCAGUCCACCGCUGGGCUGCACGACAUAUCUAUUUUCCUAUGAUUCGGAAUAAUUACAAUAAGUUCAGUGCCACGACUGUGUCUGUUCCUCUUCACAUGUUCCGAUUAUGGGCGUACUACGGCAUGAUGGCACAAAUUCCACUUACCUUUAUAACCAGUUACGUUAUUAAGGGUGGUCGAGCAGGGAACGUGAUCGUUUGGCUGUCUCUCAUCCUUGGGCAACCACUUGCUACUCUUAUGUACGUCCACGACUGGUACGUCCUUCAUCAAACAUCUACCGAAGUGGUGACUGGUGGUGACCAACUAUCGUCCUAG